GAGAGCGGGGAGAGAGGGUUGUCUGCCACGUUCGUCUCGGAAGUUGAAAGCGUUUUUGGUAAAAAUUCUGGCAUCACCGAGAAAGUCGCGAGCAUGCACAGCAACCCUCAAGUUGCUGCGGCUGUGGAGAAGAGUCCGUUGGUGAAGGAGCUGGAGACCGCUGCGGUGAAUGACCCGAAUUUUGUGAAUACGCUGAAGAAAGACCCCGAAUUGCCCAAGAAACUGCACAAGGAUCCCGAAGUGGCGAAGAUCUCGGUCUCGCUAGAGAAGAAGAACACGCACUUCUCUAAGGACGACAUUAAACAGCUGCGAGCGGCAAUU